AUGACACGAGAGCCACGCCCAGCGACGUCGCUGUUCACGCAAGUUGAUAUCUCCGCGAACGCCCAGCCCGAAACUCCCGCCCGUUCUUCCAACGGAGCUGCCGAAGUGACGCAAAUCCUCGAACAGAUUUUGGCCGCACAAGAUCGCCAGAACGAACUGCUCGAAGAGAUGAUGGCCCAGAUGAACUCUGCACAGCGUCAGCGCGCUGCCGAGUUGAAUCAGUGGAAGCAAGCCAACCCGCAAUUGGCGCAGACCUGUCGCAAGGCGGCCGAAACACUGAGCCAGGUUCAAUCCGAGUUCCUGCAUGCGUUGACCAACGAAGUGGAAGACAAUGGUCAUGCCAUGAUGGAUGGUGAGUUCAUGCUCACUGAAUUCGUCGACCGGUUUGGUCCCCGCCUCGCACACCUUAACGGCGUGUUGCAAGUGCUCUCGCAGUUGAGUAGCCCGGCAGCUCAAGACACGAGCGGCCUUGCCCCGAUGAUUGUCGAUCUGGUUCAGACGCGAACGACCGACGGCAUACGGCUCGACGGGUCGCUGCGUACUUCUGAUUCGCCCAAGACCACCGGCGUCGACCUGGCCAUUUGCGUGCACGGCACUGGGGCCAACUUCUAUGGCUCUUCGUUCUGGGAGCAAAUUGCCAAACGGUUGAUGUCCGGCGGAACCGACGUGCUGGUGGUGAACACCCGCGGGCACGAUCUGAUGAGUACGGCCUCGACCAUGGGCGGUGGAUUUCGUGCCGGCGCGGCGUACGAAAUUGUGGACGAUUGCCGCUUCGACUUGGGGGCCUGGUGCAAGUUCGCCACCGAGCGGGGCUACGAACGCGUGGCCUUGAUGGGCCACAGCCUGGGGGCGUUUAAAGCCGUCUACACCGCCGGGCAGGACGAUGCUCCGGAAGUGUCCUGCGUAGUGGCCAUUUCAGGUCCGCAUCUUUCUUACGAGCGAUUCUCGCAAAGUCGGGCGGCCCAGACCUUCCUGGCGAGUUACGAAGAGGCCCGGCAGUUAGUCGAACAGGGCCAGGGCGAAGAGUUGAUGAAGAUCACCUUCCCCAUCCCGUAUGUCAUCACAGCCAAGGGGUUUGUGGACAAGUACGGGCCUGAGAAGCGGUAUGACCUGUUGGAAUGGGUCCGCCGCGUGAAGUGUCCGGUUCUGGCGGUGUACGGGGCGGCGGAAAUUCACCAGAACGUGGCCUUCGAAGGCGUGCCCGACCGCCUGGAGGCAAUCGCCCGCGAGGAUGCGUCGCGGCUGCAAGUUGAAGUGAUCGCAGACGCCGACCAUUUUUAUGCGGCCGCCCGGCCUGAAUUGGCCAGCCGCGUGUCGCGAUGGCUGAAGCGGCUCGACACGCCCUCAAGCGAAUAA